CCAGCAUUGUUCUUCUUUCACAGAGCAGCGAGCAAACGGUGAAAACGUUAUUCGUCGUUUCUCUUCGUCCUUCAUUUCACGUUGACGCCUAUUAUGGAGGGUCGGUUUGCUGAAGAAUUUUAUGCCGAAAGUUUAGAACUGUCCAAAUUAGAACUCACAUCCACCAGUGCUGUUGAUGAUAAAGAUAAGUUAAACGAUCGUGGUGGUGAUGAUGAUUUGAGUUUCUGGGAUGAUUCUGAUGACAAGUUGGAUAGUUCGUUGGAUUUGGACAGGGAGUGGCAGAGGAGGCAUGACCAAUUCCAUACGAUUGGGUAUCGAGAUGGUCUUAUAGCUGGGAAGGAAGCUUCUGCUCAAGAGGGGUUCAAUAUUGGUUUUAAGCAAUCGGUUUUUGAUGGUUACAGUUGGGGUGUUGUAAGAGGUGUUACCAGUGCUUUUUCUCAUCUUCCACUCCAAUUAAAAGAGAGGUUGAUUCCAACACAAGAAAAGAGGAACGAAUUCCAAGGGCUGUAUGAAUCUGUGCAUUCUUUGUCAACACCAGAUGCCCUUGGAUUGUUUGGUGAAGAAAUCAAAGCACAAGAAGCUUUGGAACAUAGUGAAGGCUCAGAAGCUAGCCAUCACACAGUAGGUUUGCAAGAGCAUCCUUCCCAUGGCUCUCAACUGAGAAAUUAUCGUGGACAACUUGAAUCUCUGAUUAGUGAUUUUCCGGCCAUUGAUAUUCAUUUACCUGAACCAAAAUAAAUGGUGAUCUCUCUAUCUUAUGUAAUAUGCUUCAUCGAAUGAUAAGAGCUUCUUGUGGGACAUAUUUUCCGACUUUAUGAUUGUAAAAACAUAUCACUUUGUAAUUGUUUAGUUUUAUUAAAAGUUUGCUUUAUUU